GUGUGUGGAGGACUCGGUGUAAGGAGGUUCUCUGUGUGAAUAAAACUCUUUAAAACACGCGAUUAUUUCUUUAUUUUUAUAUAAAUGUAAUAUAUAUUUUUUUAUCUUUUUCCCUAAUAUGAGCCAAAAAUGUCUUCCCGCCGAAAUGGAGUCAGGAAUGCCUCUAGCCGUGGACGCUGAGAGGCUGUAGCCGCUGAAGGAUGUUCUGCGCCCGGCUGAAGGAUCUGAAGAUCUCGGGAGAAUGCCCCUUCUCCGUGCUGGUCCGGAGCGAGGAGCCGGGGGAGGACGGAGCGCUGUCCGGGUCCGGAGAGGGACAGCCGGGCAGCGUGGAGAGCGAGGAGCCGCUGUCCGUCUCCAGGCGCAAGACAAGCCGGGGCAAAGUUAACCUGCACUCGCUGGGGGAGAGCGUGCGGAAACUGAUCUGUCCGGAGUUUGAAAAGCUGAGGAAUGCUAUGAUACGAGUGAUGAAGCAGGAUUCAGGUCUGACCUGUCCUGCAGGAAACCAAACAGAACGUCUUGGCCAGAUGCUGGAGAAACCUGAACAUCUGCAUGAUGUCAUGAAGCUAUAUUCGCAGAAAACAGGUAUCCCCAUGGACACGCUAAAGAUCUCCUUGGGCUUAGAGGUGUUCAGAGACUGUUACGAGGAGGACAGUCACAUUCUGGGCGUGGUCGGAGGUGCGCUCCACGACUUCCUCAACAGCUUCAACGUCCUCUUAAAGCAGAGCACGCCCCCCACGGCCGAAGCCCUGCAGUACGUGAGCCGAGCCUCCGUGCUGUGCUUGGAUAAAGACCCCGGACUGCUGACGGUUUACUACUUCAACCCCCACCCCACCGCUGAGCUCUUCUUCCCCGGGAUCGUCCAGGCCGCCGCCAGGUUCCUCUACCGCACGCAGGUGGAGGUGAGGAUGGACUUCGCCGGGGCCAAGGACAGCGGCGCCCUUCAGGCCAGCCACCAGCCCCACCUGCUGUACUCGGUGGCGGUGAGGGAUGCCAGGAGCCUGACGCCGAGCCCCAUGAGGACGCACUCGUCCGGAGACAUCCCCCUCUCGCUGCUCUACACCACCUUCCCCUUCCACAUCCUCCUGGACCAGGACAUGGUGCUGCUGCAGAUAGGGGACGGACUGAGGAAGCGAUUGGGGCGCAGCAGAGACGGACAGAGGCGGCCCACCUUCGAGGAGCACUUCUCCAUCGUCCUGCCCGAGAUCAGGGCCAACUUCCAGGGCAUCCUCACCAUGCUGAACACCCAGUUCAUCCUGCGGGUGAAGCAGCAGCAGCCCUCCAGCUCCACAGCCAGCUAUGGAAAGCACAUGGACCUGAAGGGCCAGAUGAUCUUCAUGUCUGAGAUGAACGCCGUUCUGUUCCUGGGCUCUCCGUGUGUAGAUAAGCUGGAGGAGCUGACGGGGCGUGGCCUCUACCUGUCCGAUAUCCCCAUUCACAACGCCCUGAGGGACGUGGUGCUGGUGGGCGAGCAGGCCAAGGCUCAGGACGGCCUGAAGAAGCGCCUGGGCAAGGCCAAGGCCGCCCUGGAGAACGCCCACCAGGCCCUGGAGGAGGAGAAGAGGAGAACCGUGGAGCUCCUGUUCACCAUCUUCCCCGGGAACGUGGCUCAGCGCCUGUGGCAGGGGCUUCCUGUGCAGGCCAAGAAAUUCGAGGGCGUGACGGUGCUGUUCUCCGACAUCGUGGGCUUCACGGCCAUCUGCUCGCGCUGCACGCCCAUGCAGGUGGUGAACAUGCUGAGCGAGCUGUACACCCGAUUCGACGGCCACUGCGGAGAGCUGGACGUCUACAAGGUGGAAACGAUUGGAGAUGCGUACUGUGUCGCAGGAGGUCUCCAUAAAGAGAGCCCGACCCACGCUGUGCAGAUCGCUCUCAUGGCCCUAAAGAUGAUGGAGCUGUCCGACGAGGUCACCACCCCCAUGGGGGAGGUCAUUAGGAUGCGUAUUGGGAUCCACUCUGGCUCGGUUCUGGCGGGCGUGGUCGGUGUGAAGAUGCCCCGGUAUUGUCUGUUCGGCAACAACGUCACUUUAGCCAACAAGUUUGAGUCAUGUAGCGUCCCGAGGAAAAUCAACAUCAGUCCAACCACCUACAGGCUGCUGAAAGAUCGUCCCGAGUUCACAUUCAUCCCGCGCUCCAGAGAGGAACUUCCGCCCAACUUCCCCUCCGACAUCCCUGGCAUCUGUUACUUCCUGGAGGCGUCGGAUCGGAGGCCGAGCGCGGCUCGCAGAGACUCCGCAGCACAAACAUAAAUAACGCCUCUCUCUCUCUCUCCAGUGACGGCGGUGCAGGGGGCCGAGCGCGAGAGCGCACGCGAGAGUGCACGCGUCCCGCGCUCAGCCAGACGUAGCAAAGUUAUUCAGCAAUAGGUCAAGUUGCCAAAAAGUGUCCAAAAGAGAAAAACAGCUUAUUUAACCGGGGGGGGGGUGUGACUGAGCACUGUUUAUGUUUAGCCUCGUACCAUUCUUUCUCUGAGCCACGUCAGACCGCUCUGGGGUCGCAGGUUUUUACGCAGAGCGUUCGACAGGCCGAGCGUGUUCUCCUACAUUACAGACAGACACUCUCAGCCGGCUCUGUCCGUGGAAAUCCUCCAACUCUACUUUGGAAAAAGUCUAAAUUAAGCUCAAGUACUUUAAAAUAAAAGCUCUCUGUGUUUUUGCACAUACUGAUCUUCCUCACACAGGCGCCUGAGCAGUGCAGCUACAACAACACACACACACACACACACUUCUAAUAUGGUUAGUCUACGUUCACACAGCAGGUAAAUGUGGCCUAAACCUGAUUUUCUUACAAAAUACAAAAUCGACCAUAUAUUUAACAAUCUUUUUAAUGUGACCCAUAUCUGACAUCUGUCUGAACUAGGGGUGUAAUGGUACGUGUAUUCUUUAAGAACGGUCACGGUACGAGGGUCACGGUUCGGUUCACACAAGCGCACGCAGAAUACACUCUCUCUCUCUCCCUCUCGCACACACACCCUCUUUUGCCCUUUCAGAGUGGUGUGCGUGCCUUUCGCACUCUCUCUCUCUCUCUCUCUCUCUCUCUCUCUCUCUCUCUCGCACAUGCCUUCUCUCUCUCCCUCAUAUGCUCACUCUCUUGCCCUCUCUCACUCUCGCGCUCUCAUGAUGACAGUAGGAGAGAACCCUGGUUUCAGCGUUUAAUAAAAGAGCUCGAGCCCCGUUAGAAGUUUCCAUCCCAAAGUUAAUAUAGGUGAGGCUAUACAGACACAGACAGGUUUUUAGUUUUUUUUUUCGGACUUUGGCCACUUCAUUAGGAACCUUCUAAGAGCAUUCUAAUAUAAUUGGACCAAAGUCCAUUUUCCUGCCAUUCUUUUUUUUCCUUCUCUUAAAAAGUCCCAUAAACUGGCUGUUCAGACAGAGUCACAUUGCCACGAGUUAUACAGAUAACUUCAGUUUCUGAAUCAGUUUCUCUGAUUUUGCUAUUUAUAGGUAUAUGCUUAAGUAAAAAUAACAUUGUAACAUUGAAACAAUAUUUCUCCCAAAUUCCAAAUAAAAAUAUUGUCAUUUAGAGCAUUUAUUUACAGAAAAUGAGAAAUAGCAGAAAUAACAAAAAAUGUACUUUGAAGUGUCCCAAUCUGAUUGUUUUCAUCAUAUGUGACACAGACAGAUUUAAAGACCCUGGAAACACAUUUUUAUGUAUUGAUUUAUUUUGUAUAAUACUAAGCAUGGGGAAUAUGUGAAGAAAUCGGCUUAAAUAGAGUUUAAACAGAAAACACAAAGCAGAAAUAUGAUAAAACACUUAUCAAACAUGGCCAAUAUGCACUUUUCUAUAUGAACUGAACUGUGUGGGUGUGGUCAUAAUAUUGUAAUAAAGGGGCAUGUCUGAACGAAUGUUUGUUUAUGUUACCUUGGCAACAAUGCACAUAGCCAUUAGAUGGGGGGUGGGGCAGUAUAACAAAUAUGUGGCUAAUAUGUGAAUAGCUAGCAAAAUUUGGAUAGUUAGCUCUCUAAGAGGGUUGCUAAGCGACAGGUCACCUCCUCAUCGGAGAGAGGGUGAAGCUAUGUUGCUGACUUCUGAUUUUUAGACCUGCCCACACUAAAAAUAAAGGAGAGUGGUGAAAAACAGCAGAAAUUUAUAUUUUUUUACAUUUACACGAGGGGAGCAGAUUAAAAGCCACAUUAAACCAAUUACAGCUGUGCAGCUUGUGCGAUUCUGUGGAGGAUGAAACCGAAACUUCAUGUGAAGCGCUGUUCUUCAGCACAUACACAUCAUUUAUGAGUCACAUUAAAAACAAAGUGUAAACAGCCUUAAAAUAAACACCCGAUUUGAAGAGAAAAUCAUAUUUUGGCCACUGUCACCUGCUAUGUGAACGUAAAACAAAUCUAAAAUUUAGCUUUUGAAAUUUUUACGUCCAGUGUAGCCAUGUGAGCAAUCUGUUUAUUUAUCUAUUUAUUAACAUCUCAGGAGCUGAUGAGUUAAAUCUCCUCACUCUCUGUAGCUCAUUAUUAUUAUUAUUAUUAUUAUUAUUAUUAAAUCUACAGCAUUAAAGCUAAAGAGCAGAUUCUCCUUUAAGCUCCUUCCAUCUCCUCACUUCUCCCAUAUUAUCUCAGAAAAAGGCCAAAUAACGACUUACUAAUUCAGUAUUAUGACUAUGCUGAAAGAAUAUGCUGAAAUAGAAGCUUAUUUUCUCAAACUUGAAUAAUUAUACAGAUAGUAGCUGAUUUUUUAAAGAUUUGAACAGAAUCUGUUAGUAAAGACUACAUCAAUAUAAUGGUUUGUUUUACUGUGUGAAGGAAUAUAUUGUUAAUUAUAAUUACAAUUAUAUUUAUUUGAACUGACAUCACUGAGUAAAACGUACGUAUUUAAUGUAUGAAUAUAUCAUCAUAGAAUCAUUUUCUUGGGAAUUAACUAAAUUACUAAAUAUAUAAAUUAUUUUUAAGUACAUAAAAUAAUUGACUUAUUUCACUAGUUAUUUUAAGUUUUUGACAAUUUUUGGGGGGAAAUAUUGACUAAUUCAAUGAAAAAGUGUCUUAUUCUUUCACGUUUUUGAAGGAAUAAAUCAAUUAUUGCUUAUUUUCCCAAAGUUUGAACUGAUUGCAUCAAAUUAAUAUAUUUUUCUGCGUUUUAACUGAAUAUACCUAAACGACGAUGAUAAAGGAAUAUAUCAAUAAUUGCUUAUUUUCCAGAGGUUUGAGUCAGUGGGCCAGUUUGCCCAAAAGUGAUGUACAUGUUGGUGGGAUUUUUAUGUGGGAGAGUAAAUCAGAUCUCACCUGGUCACACCGGGAACACAUUUUAAUAACAGGUGUGAACAGAAUCCAGUUAAAGUGGAUCCAGAUACUGUUUGGAUAAAAUGCCAGGUGUAAACAGGAUCUGUAUGUAUAAAAAAGGAGCUCAUGCUCUUUAAAUUUAGACUGUUAAUGAAAGUAAUUCUGCUGUUGAAUUAAAUAAGUACUAAAUUUAGUUAUAAACCUGUUUUUUAAUAGGUUUUUACAUGAUUUUCGGCUCAUUUUGAACAGAAGUGGAAUUUUUAUACCUGCGCAUCAGUAAAGCUGGUGAAUAAAUAAGCCCUUCUCACUCCUUUUCACUAUUGAAAAAAAAAACAGUUAUAUAACACUUCCUAUAUGAAUCCUGUAUUUAUAAUGCAUUAUAGGGCUUAUUAAACACAGCACAGAAAGUGAGGAAAUGGGUGUUUGGUAGAUUUGGUAUUUCUGUGCUGUAAUAAUGCUAAAUCUUAUACAGUUGGAAAGCCUGUAAAUUUCUCUUUUAAAUGGAAAACAUUUUUUUCUUUCUUUUUUCUUACUUUCUUUCUUUCUCUACAUCCUUCUUUUCUCUUUCUCUUUCACCUGCUCACUUCCUUUUUCUUUCUCUCUCUUCCCUCUUUCUCUCUCACCUGCUCGCUCCAUUUUUCUCUUUUUCUCUCUCUUUUCUCUCUCUUUCUCUUUCUCUCUCUCUCACACACAACUGAUAGCAUGUGUUUGAAUAUGGAGCUACACUAGGUUGGUUGUGGAAUGUACAGGUGGUGCCGGAGGGAUUUGAGCUCAGAGUUUUUUCAAGGUUGGCAGGUCUGUAAAUCGAGUAUCACAGAAUCACAGUAUCGGGAUAUGAUUGUUACCGUGGGCAACGUAUUGUGAUAUUGUACUGUGAGACGCCCUGUGAUUCACACCAUUACCAUAUAAUUCAUUAUAAAUGCAGGAUACAAAAGAAGUGUUAUGUUAUGUUAUUUUCUUUCUUUUCUUUUUUCCUUAAAAGGCACUUCAAAUAAAAUGCCUUACAAUAAUAAAGACAAGAACUGAUUUCUCCCAAAAGAGGAUUAAUGGAGAACUGGUUGAUAUAUGGUUAAUGUUGUAAGUUGAUAUCAGCAGCUAUAAAAAGUUAUUUAACACUAUUUAUCACCCCCUCCUCCCCCUCUUUCUGCUCAGACAGCGGCGCUCACAGCUCUUCAUGUGGAAAAGCAGUGAAGAGUGAAGAGCUGCAGGGGUUUAUCUGAAGUUGGGUUGUUUUAUGGUGUGUUUUAUAAUAAAGCGCUGAAAUGGCGAAAGUCCUUUAAUUACGCUGAGUAAGAGCACACGGGGCUCCUGGUCCCGAUCACAGUAUUGUAGAAUUUGCACACGUGGAUGAAGAUCUCACUCACCGUAGGCCUAACUGCACCACAGCAUAGGUGACCACACUGAAUGUUCAGUUAUCCUGAGAAUAAUCACAUUUAUAACGGAUCAUUGUGACUCUUUUGUAUUGUGAUAGAGCUCUAAUAAACAUUGUGAAUACUG